AAGCAUUUGGACAGAUCAGUGCGAGCGAUAGUGCGAGCAAUGUAGCGUUAAGUGGCUAUAUCUCACUUCCUAUGAGAACACAGUAAAGAUAUUCAUUGUAAGAAAUGCUUGAACGUUUGAAAGUGUACUCAGUAUAGUAUCGUUGAUUGUGACUUGCCUGUAUAUUUGGUUUUACUUCACAGUUACUGUCCAGUGGUAUUAUUCAGUUACAAGGAACACUUGCUUAAACAGGAAUAUAUAUAUCCGUGGAAUGUCAUCCGGAUGAAUAUGUGUCAUGUUAAACAGGAAACCGACCAUUCAUUAAAGGAUAUGCAAUUGUUGAGUUUCUGUGAAGCCUUGCUUUGAUUGUAUGCAGAAUGAAGGAGUGUUUACAAACAAUUGUUGACUCGAUAUAUUUAAAUAUAUUUAGCCAGACCUUGUUCGCAUAAAAUAAUUUAUUGUUUGUGAACUCGGAGAUAAAAUACCAUAAUAAGUGUGGCGAAAUGACCUUCUUCGAUAGUGAAGCUAUUAGGCUAUUGAAAAUGAUAUAACUUCCAAUGAGACAAGAAUGACGUCACCACUUUUCCGGCGUCUUUCUACUAACAGUAGAAACAGAGCUUUCAAAAUUGUUAUACUUGGACAAAAUGGAGUCGGAAAAUCAGCUCUGACCGUUCGGGCAAUCACCCGUAGAUUUAUAGGGGAUUAUGAUCCUUUCUUAGAGAACACCUACAGCUUUUCGUGCAAUAUUGACGGGGACACGGUUGCCAUGGAAAUCAGGGAUACAGCGGCUGAAGAUGAGAACAGCCGACUGGAGGCCAACAUUAAGUGGGCGGACGCCUUCAUCAUCGUGUACUCUGUCACCGACCGCUGUAGCUUCAACGAGUGCAGCAGACUCAAGAUCCUUAUUAACUCCUACGCGAAGAAACCGAAGUCCACCGGUCAAAACGCAGGGGCUUGCACUCCGAUUGUCCUCGUGGGCAACAAGACUGAUUGCCCACAGGAGCGAAUGAUCUCCCUUGAGGAAGGGCGGGAAAAAGCCUUUGAGAUGGGAUGCGUCUGUUUUAACGAGAUUUCAGUGAGAGAGGAACGCGACUCGGCCAUAAAUAUUUUGAAAGCGCUUUACAAACAAUGCCGGCGGCCUGGCCGUCGGGCUGAGCUUCAGCAAAGACUGAGUUGUCCUCCCCUUUCCCUUAGCAUUCCUUCGUCGGCCGACGAUAGCGCGGACGAUUACGCUGCUUUGGCCAGGCAACGAGGCCGACGAAAAGCUUUAUACACAAUCAGUUGAUAGAAUAACGCAUCAGAUACUAAAUGUGCAGCGGUUUGAUCUAUGCAUUUGUGCCAUUAUGUUACAAACUUUGUUCAAGCCUAUGGACUUUGCAACAUUCCAUUUCAAACGACUUUUAUUUUAAUUAGUUAAUAAUGUUGGGUGUAAAGCAAACUUCGGGGUUUAAAUAUCUAUGUAUUUUUACAAUAUAGCCAAUGGUUUCUAUGUUGUUGUUUAAUAUGUGUUCUCAUUUCGACAGCCUUUAAUUGAUCCCACCAUUUAUUGGUAUAUUAAACUUGUAAAUAAAAAACAUGUUUUGCUAUCUAAUUAAAGUGAAAUUACUACUCAAAAUCAACGAAAAUUUUGUUCAUUUUUUCGUAAAAUAAACUUUACCAACUAAAACUCAGUGUUCCAUAUGGCCAUUGCCGAAAUUUCAACGCCAGGUGUGGUCUGAUAAAACAGAUGUUUGUAGAUACAAAUGGUCGUUUUUAUUAUGGUUGGGCAUAUUUAAUUCUAUUUUAAUUUCCCGCAACGAUAUAUAUCCAUACGACACAUGAACACUAACAUGGUGUUCGUGUGUCGUAAGAAUGGAUAUAUUUGCGGGAAAUGAAAAUGGAAUUAAUUGUGUCACAAAUAAAUAAAAACGAGCAUUUUUUAUCUACAAAAAUCUAUGUAAUCAUACAACAUCUAGCGUUGAAAGUGUGGCUAUUGCUUUAAGGAACACUGAUUGUUUAGGUGUUAACCUUAUUUUACGAAAUAUUUCACGAAAUUUCGUUGAUUUUUUUAGCGUUAUAAAGACUUUAAAUGCGAACACCAUUAACAUGACACAAGGGACAAUAGUAAUGGCGUAAGAACAAGAAAGCCUCUGUGCGCUUCUUUCCCUUUAUUGUCCUUAUAAUCAACAGAAAGCUCGAUCUCCUUUCAAUUAUCGCACGAUGCUCUCAGCAUACACCGCUGCAAAAGGGCUCAAUGACCCUAUCUUUUCAAACCCAAGGGAGAAUAAAAGAUAAUUUAUUUCAAAACAUACAAAACCAAGCAUUGCGGGUUAGAUACCUGGUCCUGCAAUAUUUCUUGUAUCAUAAUUGGUAAUACAAUUAUUUCUACGGCCAUCCGCCCCUACCUUUGAUCCAUGAAUGGCAGUUACUGGCAUAAAAAUAAGUCUGCAGUAGUAGUUGAACAGCUUAUUCAGUACAAGUGAGACUCGAGGCUGUAUAUAACAACCAAUUCUUCGAAUUAAGAAUUAAGGGAGGACAUAGAACCCAAAUGAAUAAAACCAGCAUUUGAUUAUCUCAAGGCUACCAGUGAUAUUUAUGUCAUUAAGAAAAUAUUCAACAUGAUGAAUGACGUAGACUGAGUAGGUUAAUGUCAAGUUUGACUCAAAAUUAAAUAUAUUAUUGAAUAUUCCAAUUUAAUAAUAUUGUUCAUUCUAAGAAUGAAGUCUAAAAAUUUAUGGUAAAUACUAAAUACAGGCCCAGGUUAACAGACCACAAUACAAAUGAAAUAAAAAUUCUUGCAUCACCCUUUACAGAUUGCUCUGCAGCCUGGGGAGACGCUGCGUGACCUUCACUCCUGCCUGCGUAACCACCUGACACGCCACAACGAGGAGUUUGGCAACGUGGGGCUCUGACAUUUCAGACACCGACAAAAGCAUAGAUUUAAUGCAUGCUAUUUAAUAUAUAAAGAUAAAUAUUAUAAAGGUGACAUCCCACAGCACACACAUGAACUUAGACGAAAUAUCUUGAAAAACAUCCGCGCGAAAAUGCCGCGAUGCCGAAUAUCGUUCAUCACAUAAUUCCAGUUUCAUUCCAGACCGUGUGAUGCUGAUGGAUUUAAAUAUUUAAUUAUUUUGCUAUGAUUUAAAUUAAAUGUUUUACUUUUCA